AUGGCAAACACGACUGAAGAAUUCCGAUUGAUUUCUCCAACCAUAGACCACAACAGGAGACUACCAAGAAAAUACACAGGCGACGGUCAAGGUGCCAAAAAGAACUUAUCACGUCCCUUGGAAUGGUAUAACAUUCCAGCGGGGACGAAGAGUUUAGCUCUGGUGGUGCAGGACAUUGACGCGUCCGACCCGGAUGGGCCCAUCGUACCGUGGACCCACUGGGUUGUGGCGAACAUACGGCCGUCGUUGAAGGGAUUGCCGGAGGGAUUUUCCGGUAAGGAGGAGGAGGUGGAUGGAGAAUAUGGUGAGAUAAAAGAAAGGAAUAAUGACUGGAAGGUUCCCGGGUGGCGUGGCCCCAAGUUGCUGACAACUGGACAUCACCCGCCAGGGCAUCGGUUGGAGUUCAAGUUGUAUGCCUUAGAUGAGGAGCUUCAUCUUGGGAGAAAGGUGACAAAGGAGAAGGUUUUGGAUGUAAUUGAAGGGCACGUACUUGGGGAAGCAGUUUUGCUGGCCUAUUUCUGA